AAGAAGCCCAAGUCUGGCUCCAUGAUUCCUUCAGUUUAUCAACCUUCAGAGUACAGUUUAGGAAGUAUGCGGGCCGAAAUCGGAGCAGCCUCUCUCUCUGUGUAUGGAGAUCCCUUUGACCUGGACCCCUUUGAUGAUAGGGAGGAUGAGAUUCAAGUUCCGACGCCAUCCUCUGUUCUGGAUGCUAAACGCCGUGGCCUCUCUUGUUCUGCCUUGCGAUCCCAUCAGCCUGUGGCCAGACCCAUAUCUGCCGGACUCUCCAGGGGAGGUGUGAGUGUCCCACAGGCGGAAGAUGUUGCAGAGGAAGCCCCUGUAUCAGAUCUGCUGGGAAGCAUCCUCAGUGGUCAAAGCAUGCUCCUCAUGGACUGUUCAGAUGUGGUCAUCAGCCGAGACGGUUCCCUCAAAGCAACCAAACCUACUCCUCAUAGGCCGAUCACCCUAAACCCACCAAGACCUGGGAAUAGCCACUUGAGCACCAAUGGGAUUAGAAGUCAACCCCUCUCAAGGGUGCCAAAUGGCCUUUCUGACUCUCCCCAUCAAGACAUGGAAGGUCCUGUCCGACAACCACCUGUCAGAAAGCCCCCUCCCAAGCCUGUAUGGGUGGAUGUUUCUGUAUUGCCAAGGAUACCAAAAAUUAAGAGGGACAAUACCUCCAGUGCAAAUAGUAGCAGUGGCAGCAGUAGCGGUACUUUGCCUGGGUCUUCAGCGAACAGCUUAGCUGGCAAUAGGGAACGUACCGUUGACCAGCAAGGUACGGGUGUGAGUCAGCAAAACAGGACAGUGGAGGCUCAGAGGCAAAGAGCAGACAGGACUGGUGCUUCAUCUUCAUUUUCUAGCUCUUUCACCUCCACUACAUCAUCUUUUAGCGCCUCUUCAAACUCACGCCCAUCCUCUUCUUCCAUCAGUUUCCGUAUAAACUCUAGCAGAAACCCCUGGCAAGCUCAGCGACUUCCUGCAUCAGGAGGGACUCUGCCUGGAGGUGAUGAGGAAGCAAUAAAGAGGAAUAAUACAAGUAAACAGAUGCUGUUGUCUUUAAGAGCAAAAGCCAAAGAGGAGAAGAGUGAGGUCUAUGAUCCCUUUAACCCUACGGAGUCUGAUUCCUCUGAUAAUGAACCAGAAAAUGAGGGUCCUGAUAUUAGCGUCCAAAAUACUGCACCUCAGGUGCCAAUUGGAUUCAAUGAAAGUGCCUGUCAUCAAGUCAAAUCUGAGCCUUUGGAUGUACACUCCGAUACAGAGAGAGACUUGGAAAUGUGUCCAGAAGUUAAAGCAGAGCCAGAGUCUUUGUGGGACAGACCAUGUUCUGUCAAGGAGUUGAAAGACAUCAAAAAGGAGGAAGAAGUCUGUCUCAACUUGUGUGGAGAAUUAGAUGGCGUUAAAAAGAUAAAGAAAGAAGAGCUGACAUCUUUAGACAUCUUCAGCCUGGAAUCACCAUAUGUUAAUGAAAUUAAAUCAGGCAGUGCUGAUUUAGAGAAGAGCCACGCUAGCUUACAGGAUGAGAUGAAAGUACAAGAAAUGGUGGUUGAGCCAAAAAAGAUAAAAAUUGAAAAUAUAUGGCCUGAUGAAAAUGAUUCACCAAGCUGCAGUGACAACCCUCUUGUCAUCAAUUUGGAUACGCCUGCCAUAGAUGCAGUGAACUGUAUAAAGGAGCCCACUGAGUCUUAUCAUUCGCCACCUUUGAAGGAGGACAUGGAGAUGUCACCUCUCCAACCGCCAGAUCUGCCAAUAAAACAAGAACUUGGUAUUUCCUCCGAUGAAGAUAUCAGUGUUGAUUACUUGAUUGAUAAUUUGGACUUCAUUAAGAAGGAAAUGAGUGAGAGCUCUGUGGCCGACUUAACAGAAGCUGUCGACCCCAAGUCUGCCGUUCCAGAGACUCCAGCAGGGAACAAGCAAACUACGGAAAUGGUUACGGCUGGUGCAAAGUCUAAAUCGCAGGGAAAACGAGUUACUUGGAAUCUGCAAGAACCAGCAGAACCCCAGUCUGAGAAAUUAAACCGUGAGUAA